AUGAGCGCGCGGCUGGACGCGCUAAUAAAGCGCAUUAAAGGGGCCGCAGCUGCUCGCGCUGCUGACAUCCUCCAGACUUUUCAGAGCGGCUCCUCCAGCGCGCUGCCGCGCGUCAACUGGGACCGGGACCGGCGAAAAACACCCCAAAUCCCCCCUCAAAAACAAGAAGUUCAACCGAACAAAGUCCACAGGAAAGCAGACUGCAGCAGGACACGAGCUGCACGUCCGUCGAGGACGACCGGCCCGCGCCGGCGGGGGGCGCGCGGCGCGGACGCCAGCAGCGUCAGCGUCCUCGGCUGGGAGCAAGUGCAGCGGCUGGACGCCAUCCUCACGGAGACCAUCCCGAUCCACGGCCGCGGCAACUUCCCCACGCUGGAGAUGCAGCCGCGGCAGAUCGUCAAGGUGGUGCGGAGCCGGAUGGAGGAGAGGCAGAUCCGCGUGCGGGACGUCCGGCUGAACGGCUCCGCGGCCAGCCACGUCCUGCACGAGGACAGCGGGCUCGGCUACAAGGACCUGGACCUCAUAUUCUGCGCGGACAUGAAAGGCGAGAGCGAGUUCCAGACUGUGAAGGACAUCGUUUUGGAUUGCCUCCUGGAUUUUUUGCCCGACUGUGUGAACAAAGAGAAAAUAACCCCGUUGACUCUGAAGGAAGCCUACGUGCAAAAGAUGGUGAAGGUGAACAACGACUCGGACCGCUGGAGCCUCAUCUCUCUCUCCAACAACCGGGGGAAGAACGUGGAGCUGAAGUUCGUGGAUUCCCUCCGGCGGCAGUUUGAGUUCAGCGUGGACUCCUUCCAGAUCAAACUGGACUCCUUGCUCCUGUUCUACGAGUGCUCGGAAAACCCCAUGUCCGAGACCUUCCACCCCACCAUCGUGGGCGAGAGCGUCUACGGCGACUUCGGCGAGGCCCUGGACCACCUACGCCACAAGAUCAUCUGCACCAGGAACCCAGAGGAGAUCCGAGGCGGGGGCCUCCUCAAGUACUGUCACCUGCUGGUGAGGGGCUUCCGGCCAGCGUCGGAGUCCGAGAUGAAGUCUCUGCAGCGCUACAUGUGCUCUCGCUUCUUCAUUGACUUCCCCGACAUUGGUGAGCAGCAGCGCAAGCUGGAGUCCUACCUUCAGAACCACUUUGUAGGGCUGGAGGACCGCAAGUACGACUACCUGAUGACCCUCCACGGAGUGGUCAACGAGAGCACCGUGUGCCUGAUGGGACACGAGAGGAGGCAGACCCUCGGGCUCAUAGCCAUGCUGGCGGUGCGAGUCCUCGCAGAGCAGAACAUCAUCCCCAACGUGGCUAAUGUGACGUGUUACUACCAGCCUGCUCCGUAUGUGGCAGACGGUAACUUCAGUAACUACUACAUAGCGCAGGUGCAGCCGGUGUUUGCCUGCCAGCAGCCCGCGUACUCCACAUGGCUGCCCUGUAACUGAGUCGACCCGAAUGGAAAGGAGGAGGGCAAAAGUCUGAUUUCUUUAAACAGGAGUGAGCGCAACCAUUAUGGCCUCAGAUCUGUCUGGCGUGUUUCGACGGCUGACACAAGAGAGUCCGCCGUUUAAAUGUUUUGCAUCAAAGCUUCUGUUUUAGUUCAUACAUAAAGUAUGAAUGACACAUCCAGAACAGCUGCCGUGUUUUCAGCGUGAAUAUUACACAUUUGUUUUCAAACGCCGACCUCGCCUCGUCCCACCGAGGCCAAGCGGGGUUGUGGGGAAGGGGUUGGGGGGGAAGAGGAAGUGUUUGUAAGCAGCUAAUUUUGGGUAUAUUGAAAGCGACGGCUGAAUGCAAAUUUGUGCCUAGCCUCGAAGCGAGCAGCACAACUGUCACGGAGACUGAUCGAAUCUGUCACAAACCAAUUAGGCUGCCGACCGAACGGCUGCAUCGCCGUCCUCGAGCCGACAGCUAACUCCAGCAAAGCUUUUAUGGGCGGUCUGCUUAGUGCAAGUUAACACUCACACACACGCACAGACAUUCAGGCUGAAAUCAGAGGUGUGUGUGCAUGUGUGUGUGUGAGAGGCUCCUGAACAAGUACUUGGCCUCCCUGAACUGAAGUCAGUUGCCUCUUCACUGGUCAACUAUGUCCACCUUGCACCUUUGCAACCAAAGAAUCUUUUUAGACCACUUCUGACAUUGCAAGCCAAUUUUGACCUGGGAAAACUGAACACAAAUUUGAAGCUAUUGUCAUACCGGUUUGUAUAUGUGAACAUGUAUUAGUUUCUAAGUGCCUCUUGCCUCUGAGCGGACAAGGAAAGCAGUGAGCCGGCAAUGUGACCCCACUGGUAACACCCCCAUAUGCUUCUGAAUGUAUUUGUGAUGUCACGUACAGUCAGUGUUGAAAUGAAAAUAAAAAAGGGGACACCAUGCUUUGGUGCUGGAAUUUUCAUUAAAGUAGCAGCCAAGUGUGUGAUCGAAAGAUAUUUUUGCAAUGUUUACAUUCUUCAGAUUCAAAAACAUUAUCCUCGGUGAACGAUAUCCUAUCCGAGUACUGCUGCAGUGGUUGGGAGAAAGAUCAUCAGCAAUGGCAACCAAACAACUCCCAGCUGGAAUCUUAUCUGUAUGUCGUACAGCGGCGCUUCUCUCUUUUCCCCUCUCAACCGAGAAAAAGCAGAUCAAAAACAAGAGAGGACGGGGUCCGAGGGAGAUCCUGCUGCGUGUGGUCGCCGGGCUUCAUCCCAUAAUAGCAGGAUAUUUGCAGAGACACCUCAGAUCAAGAGAUUCUGUUUGCUGUAACACCCUCGCAGGGAAUUCCUCAGCUGCUGCCGAAGAGCUUGAAAUCUCAGCCAGGGUUGGGGGUAGGGGUGUCCGCCAGGUUCAGGGUUCAGUGUUCAGUGCCAAGCACUUUAAGCCGCACCCCUAAAGUUUAACAGUGUGCUCAUGGGAGCGCUGAUCCGAUUGAAGACGGAGGGGUAGAAGCGGAGGAGAGACAGGAAGCAAAGAAGGGGAAGAGUGAUCAGUCUGGAGAGAUGGGUGCAGCUGGUGAUGGGGUUUUAUCUCUUUAGGGCUAGCGUGCGUUGCUGUAGCGAACGUGUUACAUUCAUGCUUAUAUUUCAACUUGUAGCAGCUUGCAACCUUUACGGCAAAAACAAAAAUGGUCUAUUUCCAGCACUUGCUCUGUUUCAAUGAAUGUUAAUAAGAAAAGAGAAAGAGAGAGAGAAACGAGUCUGGAGACAGAAAUCCACAUACCAGCCACAGGAGAUUUCAAGUUGCAACCUGUGUUUCUUAGGUUGCCUUAUUUGGUGUUCAUCAGUGUUCUUUUUGGUGUUCAUUUUUUGUCCAUUUUGACAAAACCUCUAUACAUCUCUAUGUAUAUAUUUAUUUUUUAGAGCUGUGUCUUUAAGUAGAGAGUGGGAGAGAGACAAUUGUUCACUUCACCUCAAAACAUAAACUGCACUGCAGCUUUUGGAAAUGGCAGGUAGAAUGUGAAAACUGUUAGGGUUCGCCACAGAGCCGCAGGUUUCCCCACCAACGCAUCACUUUUACGUUGACUGUGAAAACACACCUCAGUCUUCAGCGCCCUUGUUGGUAGAUUGUACAGGUGAUGUUUGUCGAUCUGCACUUAAUGAAGUCCUGACAGCUAAUUAGCCAGCUAGCUCCAGUCUGCCUGUCACCUCUUGUGUUAGAGAUCGUGGGUCUCGAGUUUUUGUUUCGGAUUUUCCGCAGACUUUUACAAAAACCACAUAUUCUGAAAAAAAAAAAAUCUUGUCUUGUAUGUAUAUUUUUUAUGAUUGUACUUCUUAUAAAUGUAUCAGACACUGCAGAUGUUGCGGUGCUUUUGAAUCUGUGAUCGGGCUUCAAAAGGAUAUGUUCUUGAUAGAUGGUUCUUUUUUUUUGUUAUGUCGUGUUCAGUUGGUUAAAAAAAAAACAGAAAACAAACUAAAGAUGUUUUAUUCAAUAAAAAAGAAAUAAUAUGAAAACCAGGUUCAUAA